AAACUGGAGACUCAUUCGCCUCCACAGUGUCCGAUCUUCGCCAUUCCCUCUCCGACGUCUCCACCGGCCGCUGGCUGCGCGCCGCUCCUCCAGCUGUAGCAGCAGCUCCGGCCGCUCUCUCUCUCUCUCUCCCUCUCUCCCCCCCUCCUCCCCCCGGUCUGGACGGUAGUUUCUUCCCUGGAUGCUGGAUGAACCAUCGGAGAGUUGUGAACAAGUGUGAGAAGAGCGCCGAGGAUCCGCGCCCCGCUCCGUCCAGGGAAGACGAGACUCAGCCGGAGUUGUGGACGACAAUGGAGGGGACGUCCCUGUAUCUCCCUAUUGUUAUUUUACUGAUGCAAUGUUCCCCGUCUGUUCCCGUGACCGUGAAGACCGCCAGACAUAUGGUGGAGGUGGAGGAGUUCUCAGAUGCUGUGCUGUCAUGCCAGUUCCACACCGAGGUGGACCAGAACCCGCGCAUCGAGUGGAAAAAGAAGACGAAAGAGACUCAAGAGGUCUCCUUCGUUUACUUCGAGGGACGCUUCAAAGGUCCCUUUGAAGGCAGAGCAACCAUCAACGGAGCGACCGUGACGCUGCACAAGGUGACCCAGGAGGACGCCGGAGAGUACCGAUGCGAGAUCAGCGCUUCCCUUGACCCCGUCACCCUGGGCGAGACCAACGUCACGCUUAACGUCUUAGUUCCCCCACAAACCCCGUCGUGUGACGUCCCCGCCUCGGCUGUGACAGGAUCAGCGGUGCAGCUGCGCUGCCGGGACCAGCAGAGCGUCCCACCUGCUACAUACUCAUGGUUCAAGGACAACAAGCCAAUCAGCCCACCCCGUCACGCCAACGCGACCUAUCUAAUCAACUCCCACACGGGAAUACUGGAGUUCAAAUCCGUGGCCAAAGAGGACAGCGGUCGCUACAGCUGCUUGGCGUCCAACGGGGUGGGCUCCCCCAAAAUGUGUGUAGGGAAGCACAUGACGAUAGAGGACGUCAACGUCACCAUGAUUGUUGGAGCCGUGGUGGUGGUCUGCCUGCUUCUUUUGGUGUGCGGCUGCGGGGGGAUGCUUCUGCAUCGGAACGGCUUACUCACGCAAGGACCCAGAGGGAGGUCAUUUUGGAUCUCCCAGUGUCAUGGUGCGGCCCACAUCAGCAGCCAAACCCUGCACAGAACAGAGGACACAUCCAACGUCAACUACACCCCUCCACCCCAAGAACCCCAGGAUUUCAAACACACACAAUCAUUCAUGCUCUGAGGAGCCGCCUCUCCUUCAACGGACAGUAACCUCCCCCUCCUCCUCCUCCCACAUGAGGUGCCAACUACAGAUUCGGAUCUUUCCCUGCUUUUUGAGUCCAAUCAACCUUUUAAUCUUCCAGAAAAAUCCCCCUUUUUUGUUCUUUUCUUUGGUAAAGUAUUAUCUUUUACCCAUCAACAUCCAUUGCUCUUAUGGGACUAAAUGCAGCCUUUUGUUACUCUGCUGCCCCCUACUGGUUAGAGCUUGAAAGUGAUUUUUUUUUUUUAGUAACCAAAGACUGAGGUUGAAUUCAAGUGACUUUUGUUUUGUUUAAGAAACUGAAUCUAAGGGGAAUCUUCUGAAGCCAUACUGAAUCUUUUCAGUUGUUCCCCGACUGCUCAGACUUACAGCUUACCUCCAAGUCUAUAUUCUGUCUUCCGUCUCAGGCCCUAACAGUCAACCCCCCCGCCCUGCCCAGUAAUAUCAGGAGGAAGAAUCCAACUCAUUGAACUUGAAUCCAACCCCGUUCCAUCCUGAUGUGCCUGCAUGGUCUUCUUUUAUAAAUGUAAACAUCUAUCUACAGUAUACCUUGUGCCUUUUUAAUUUGACUGUCAUAUCUAUCUCGGGAUCACACUGUUUUGUAAACAGACUUGCCUUACUUUUCUGUCUUUAUAUAUUCUUGUGCCACUGUUUAUUGAAUGCAAGUGGAUGACUUGAGAGUUUUAUUUGAAUGGUGGAUCAA